CUGUUCAAGUUCAGCUGUCUAACCAUGAUGAAGAAGCUAAUGAUCCUGCUCUUUCUCUGUCAUACUGCAUUUACAGUGAAACACUCACUGAUGUAUUUUCUCACUGGAUCAUCUGGGAUCGCAAACAUCCCAGACUUUGUGGGUGUUGGAGAGCUUGAUGGCAUUGAGGCUGGUUACUGUGACAUCAACAACAAAAUAAUACAGCCAAGACAGGACUGGGCAAAACAAAUAUUAGAUGAUGACCGUGCGCACUUGGCGAUGUACACUUUUCUGUGUUUUGAGAAUCUGCCAGACUUCUUUAAGGGAUUAAUUUUUACAUUGAAGCAGCAGUUCAACCAAACUGGAGGUGUCCACAUUGUACAGAAGAUAGAGGGCUGUGAAUGGGAUGAAAACACUGGAGAGGUGACCGGUGUACUUCAGUAUGGAUAUGAUGGAGAAGAUUUUCUUAAAUUUGAUAUUAAGACAUUAACAUGGAUUGCGCUGAAACCAGAGGCUGCUAUGAUAAAACAGGGCUGGGAAUAUGUCAUAAAUUAUAAAAAAGACGUUGAAGACUUCUACACUCGGAUUUGUCCAGAGAGGCUCAAGAUGUAUUUAGACAGUGGGAAAAGCUCCCUGCAGAGAACAGUUCUUCCCUCUGUAUCUCUCCUCCAGAAGACUCCCUCCUCUCCAGUCAGCUGCCACGCUACAGGUUUCUAUCCUGACAGAGCCAUGAUGUUCUGGAAGAAAGAUGGAGAGGAGCUUCAUGAAAAUGUGUACCACACAGACGUACUCCCCAACCAUGAUGAGAGCUUCCAGAUGAGUGUCAGUAUGAAUGUUUCAUCAUUUACACCUGAGGACUGGAGAAGAUAUGAGUGUGUGUUUCAGUUCUCUGAUCCUAGCAGCGCCAUUGUCACAACAUUGGACAAAGCAGUGAUCAAGACCAACUGGAAGAAACCGAGUAAGUUGAUUGUUCUCAUCGUCAUUGCAGUGGUUGCAAUGAUCACCUUGAUUCCUGCUGGAUACAUUUUUUACAAAAAGAAAAAAAGUGAAUCCCAUCUUUUCUAUUUGGAUAAUGGAACUGAGCUUUCUGAGAACCUGAAUCCAGAAAUGUGAUUAACAAAUGCAACUCAGUGAAUUACCUCAUGGAAAAAAUGGAAGUCUUUGGCAUGUGUCAGAUACUGCUAAAUGUUAUUAAAAGUAUAAUUUCCUACCAUAAACAUGAAGUAGUUUUUUGCAUUAUAAAUAGCUGCUUAAAAAAAAAGAGAAAAGAAUUGACUACAGGAAAAUCCCACUCUCUCCCUCUCUUUCACUCUCUCGAUUAAGCUCCCUGUUAUUGUAAUGUAUGUUGUUUAAUUUUAAAUUAUGGGUUUUACUUUGCAUUUAAUGUUUUCCAACAUUAUAAAUGACAAAUUUAUGAAAUAACCUAGUUAAGAUAAGCCUUGUGAAACCAGGUAUAGAAUGAAGGUAGUUUCAUUCAAAGCCAUCUACACAUUCAUGCCGUGCACACAGGAAUAAGCAAGCCAGAGUAUGUGAUCUUUGCUUGUGCACUACAAAUGUACUGCUGUCUUUGCACUUAUUUCUAAUUUUUUAAUGAAGUGACUUCUGAAUAUUGCAAUUAACAAUAUCACCCUAUCUCUGCGAACUGUGACACAAUGCUUCUGCCUUAUAUAAUACUCAAUGUCUCUCUAUGUGCAUUAUGUCAUACAGUGAUUAUAUAUUAAUUAAUCAAAAUUCAAUUUUAUUUUUAUCUAUAUUUCAUUUUUCCUGUUUUAAAGUCAGCUGUACAGUAUAUUGUUAGUUAAAAAGAUAUAAAACUUGCCAAAUUAAAAAACAUAAAAAAUGGCCACCUAUAUCCCUUUUGUAGAGACUGUUGCUUAAUAGCAUACCUUUGUAAUCAACAGAAACCAAAUUAGGCUUUCUGUAUAUCAAUAAAGGAUGUCUUCUUCCAGCUAAAACUAUUGGAUAGUUUGGAUUCAUGUCUGUCUUGGAAAUGUCUGUUUUUUGUUUUGCUGCUUUAACAACAGUUAAGCUUUGUAUAUCCAAGGGUAUUAGUUUUACAACUGAAGUCCAGAUUACACAAGAUCAUGUAACACACAGACUCUGCCACACUG